AAGACACCAAACGCAGCUCAUGCCGGCGACAUUAAAAAUAGCUAAAGAAAGAAGAAAGAAACCUCUCCUUGUCCCUCUCCCUUAAUAAACCCUUCCCCAACUCUACCCACUCAAUCCUUUUUGUAUUAUAAAAUCUUUCUCUGAAACCCAAGCUACCCAGAUGAAACUCAUCCUCUCUCUCUCUCUCUCUCUCUCUCUCUCUCUUAACAUUCAGAACCCAAUCAUUCUAAGAAGACUAAGGUUGUGAAAGAGUGAAAUGGGUUCAUCCCCAACUCCAAUUUCUCCUAGAAAGCUUCGGUCUGAUCUCUAUUCCUUCUCAUACGAAGAUGAUUCAAACACCCCUUUAGUGAUUUCAGUUCUGGCUUCCCUCCUUGAAAGAACCAUAGCAAGGAAUGAGAGGAUUACAAGGAAGCGUACAUGGGCACUUUCAAAAGAUGCUCCGACUCAUAUUUUCAAUUGCUCUGAGGUCUUAGACAUGACAAUUCAAUCCUUUCUUGAGAGAAUUUUCCGGUAUACUCGAGUUGGGCCGCCGGUAUAUGUUGUUGCAUAUGUCUAUAUUGAUCGGUUAUGCCAGAUUCUUUCUGAGUUCCAAAUCACAUACAGAAAUGUACAGAGGCUCCUUAUUACUACCAUUAUGGUGGCUUCUAAGUUUGUGGAGGACAGGAAUUAUAGGAAUUCUUACUUUGCAAAGGUCGGAGGAUUAACAAGGAAAGAGAUGAACAAAUUAGAGAUUGAUUUUCUCUUCUUGAUGGGUUUUAAGUUACAUGUCAAUGUGAGUGUGUUUGAGAGUUACUGUUGCCAUUUAGAGAGAGAAGUGAGUUUAGGAGGAGGAUACCAAAUAGAGAGGACUCUAUGGUUUAUGUGUGGUGGAGAAAUGAAAUCAAGGCAAAGAGAGGAAAAUGACUUCUUGGAUGUAGUUCAUGUUAGAAGGUCUUUCCCCAGCUUGUACCUUUGACUACCAAUGGGUCUUACUGUAUAGAGACUAAUUAAAGAGAGUUGAAGGCUUGAAGCCUUUUAUGUUGUACACUUGGAGGUAGUCACCACAUAAAAUAACUAUUUUCUCUUUUACUAAAA